AUGACCACCACAUUUCUGCAAACUUCUUCCUCCACCUUUGGGGGUGGCUCUACCCGAGGGAGCUCCCUCCGGGCUGGGGGAGGCGGCUUGGGUGGGGGGAGUCUCUACGGGGGAGGUGGGAGCCGCAGUAUCUUGGCUUCUUCUGCUAGGUUUGUCUCUUCAGGGUCAGGAGGGGGCUAUGGAGGUGGCAUGAGCUGCGGCUUUGGUGGAGGGGCUGGUAGUGGUUUUGGUGGAGGCUUUGGAAGUGGCAUUGGUAGGGGUUUUGGUGGUAGCUUUGGUGGGGGUAUUGGUGGUAGCUUUGGUGGGGGUUUGGGUUGUGGUUUUGGUGACUUUGGUGGUGGCGAUGGCGGUCUCCUAACUGGCAAUGAGAAGAUCACCAUGCAGAACCUCAAUGACCGCCUGGCCUCCUACCUGGACAAGGUGCGUGCCCUGGAGGAGGCCAACACUGACCUGGAGGUGAAGAUCCGAGACUGGUACCAGAAGCAGAGCCCAGCCAGCCCAGAACGUGACUACAGCCACUACUUCAAGACCAUGGAAGAGAUCCAGGAUAAGAUCCUAGCUGCUGCCAUCGACAACUCCCGGGUCGUCCUGGAGAUCGACAAUGCCAGGCUGGCCGCGGAUGACUUCAGGCUCAAGUAUGAGAAUGAACUGACCCUGCGCCAGAGUGUGGAGGCCGACAUCAACGGGCUGCGCAGGGUGCUGGACGAGCUGACCCUGGCCCGGACAGACCUGGAGAUGCAGAUCGAGAGCCUGAAGGAGGAGCUGGCCUACAUGAGGAAGAACCACGAGGAGGAGAUGAAGGAGUUUGGCAGCCAGCUGGCUGGCCAGGUCAACGUGGAGAUGGACGCAGCACCGGGUGUGGACCUGACCCGUGUGCUGGCAGAGAUGAGGGACCAGUACGAGGCCAUGGCAGAGAAGAACCGCCGGGAUGCAGAGGAAUGGUUCUUCAGCAAGACUGAGGAGCUAAACAAGGAGGUGGCAUCCAACACAGAAAUGAUCCAGACCAGCAAGACAGAGAUCACAGAGCUGAGACGCACGCUGCAGGGGCUGGAGAUCGAGCUGCAGUCCCAGCUCAGCAUGAAAGCUGGGCUGGAGAACUCACUGGCAGAGACAGAGUGCCGCUACGCCACACAGCUGCAGCAGAUCCAGGGGCUCAUCAGCAGCAUUGAGGCCCAGCUGAGUGAGCUCCGAUGCGAGAUGGAGGCUCAGAACCAGGAGUACAAGAUGCUGCUGGACAUCAAGACGCGGCUGGAGCAGGAGAUCGCCACCUACCGCAGCCUGCUCGAGGGCCAGGAUGCCAAGAUGGCUGGCGUUGGCAUGAGGGAAGCUUCUUUAGGAGGUGGUGGACGCAGUGGCGGUGGCAGCAGCAGCAGCAGCAGCAGCAAUUUUCGCAUCAAUAUAGAGGAGUCAGUGGAUGGAAAGGUGGUUUCUUCCCGCAAGAGAGAAAUCUAAGUGCCUACUGCAGGAGAAACAUCCCUUGCCACCCCUCAUGCUCCCCAGGCUGAGUGUACGAUUGACCAGAGGGGCUGGAAAAACAAACACCAGUCCCUGCUCCAGAGAGUGCCUGGCUGAAGAGGGUCCCUCUGUCUCUUAGCUGGGCGUUUUGCAUGCUCUCUCCCCCCAGCUCUCCUCACCUCCUUUAGAGUAAGGAGGUGCAAGAAGCAGUCGUAUUGUGCAGCAAUCUCAUUUGUAUGGUGUCUGUUCACGCAAUAAAGAGUUGCUUUCCUUUUGCAAGUA